AUGUGCUAUUCGGCUGCACCCAAUACAACGACCUUCGGCAGGCGACGUGGACUAGCAGGGAAGGGCCCCCAAGCCGUAACAGAAGCUUCGAUAGAGAAACAGUACGUACAGCGGGCCACUCGGUUCAUGCUGAACACCGGCCAGUUGAUGUAUCUGGCGGAAGCCACUGAGCUGGCAUGGCUCGAGCUGAUUGCCCCCAGCAGCGAGCGGCUACCGACAGCCCCAGCAGUCACUCCCGCCGGUAUGGCGCUGCCAUCCACGGCCCCGACCCGCGCAUCUGCGCGGCAUUGGUAUGCCGGCCCCGUUCGAUGGUAG